AUCACAAUUUUGUUUCGAGGGAAAGAGGAAUUUGGCUAACUCAACCAACAACCAACUGCACCAUGAAGACAUACGCCAUUGUAUUCCACAUCUUGGGCUUUACCGGGAAAUACGCUGAGGGAAACAGGUGGCUUCGAGUUCCAACUCCUGUUUCCGGUGCCAACCAAGAGUUGAAGCGACAGCGACGAAUGAACUAUCUACGAGUCGACGCCGACACUAGACCCUUGCUGUCGACGACAAGUACCGGAGAAGGAUGGGAAGAAGAACAAAAGGGGGAGAUUAUGAUGGAGCUGGACCAAAUAGGGAACUUUGGCGCCUUUGAAGACGAACCAGAAAGUAGUCUGAUGGAUGCAUUCGUCAUUGAACAGGUACAAGAUUCGACGGACGAGGAAGAAGAACAACCGGGAGGAGGGACAGCUGCAACCAAAUCUACAUAAAUGAAUCGUAACCGAGGAUAACUGGCUGGGUCGAUCGGUGAUUGGCGCAAACAUGCAUUAUAGAAUAGAAGUUGCAGACAUGCAGCCUACUAUUAACUCAGCACUCGCAACAAAACCAACAAAAGCAAACUAGUUACCGAUAGGCAGAGUGUAAACAUUGCCCGCUCUAGCUAGAAUUAUCUUAAAGCUCCAAUAACAUCAAGUUCAUGUUUU